AUGGGUUCAGAACUUUAUCCUGUUCAACAGAAGGGCAUUUUCCAUAAUCUACCAACAUUUGACCCAUCUAUUACAGGAUUGACUGCGAUCGUGACAGGGGCCAACGGCAUAUCUGGGUUUCACACCCUUCGUGUAUUACUUGAAAGCCCCGAACGAUGGUCGAAGGUCUAUGCAUUGUCUCGUCGACCUCCACCGCAAGAAAUGCUCAAUCUACUGUCCAAAUCCGAGCGAUCGAGGUUACAGCAUGUCGCUGUGGACUUCCUUGAAGACCCAUCCAAAAUCGCACGAGUCUUGAGUUCGUUCGGCGUCACGGCAGACUACGUCUUUUUCUAUUCCUAUCUACAGCCGAAGCCUGAUCCAGGCGCGGCUGUUUGGUCAAAUACCGAAGAGCUAGUCAAAAUCAAUAGCGCUCUUCUCAAAAACUUUCUUGAAGCUUUGAAAAUCCGAAAGCUCACACCAAAGCGGAUCCUUCUCCAAACUGGUGCGAAACACUAUGGUGUGCAGAUCGGCCGAAUUCGUACCCCUGCGAUUGAAUCUGAUCCGAACCUGUCGCACCUGGAGCCAAAUUUCUAUUAUCCCCAGGAAGAGACAUUGUUUUCGUACUGCAAAGAGCAGAAUACUUCAUGGAAUGUCAUCCGACCGGCCUGGGUUCUUGGAGCGGUUACCAAUGCCCAAAUGAACGCGUUGUUGCCGGUCGCAAUCUACUCCGCCGUUCAAGCCCAGAAAGGCGAACCUAUAGCAUUCCCGAGCGACUUUGAGACAUGGCAAUACGAAGCACAUCAUUCGACAGCUCUUUUAACUGGAUAUCUUUCUGAAUGGGCUGUACUGGAAGACAAGACCAAAAACGAAGCUUUCAAUUCUCAAGACACCGGCUCUGUCACCUUUGAUAGACUUUAUGAAGAGCUGACUCGCUGGUUUGGCGUGAAAGGGGGCAUUAUCCGACCAGAGGAGGAUCUUGCUAAAUUUGAAGAGUCAAUCGGAAAGGCUGGAGCAGAUACCCCCAUAGGGUAUGGCCCACCCCUCAUUCAUCGAACCACCUUCAAACUUGUGGAUUGGGCUUCUAGGCCCGAAAAUAAACAAGCGUGGUUGGAUUUACAGAGAGAAUCUAGUGGUGCUCUCACCUUUAACCCCUUCGAUGACAUCGAUGAGAAUUUUGCGUUUGGCGACCAAGCCUUUAGAAAGGUUCCAACCUUGUCGAUGAACAAGGCCAGGUUACUGGGAUGGACUGGGUUUGUGGAUACUAUUGAGUCAUUGCACCAGAUUUAUUCCGAAAUGGGUGAUUUGGGUAUGCUACCGCGAUUGGAAGUUGAGAAAUCCAAACCGCUCAUUUAG